CAAGACCUUAGCACGUUAACGCGUUGUGACGUUGUGAUGUCACUCGUCCUUGCAGAUAUCUGAAUGUCACAUUUCCUUGUUUGUGUGUCUCUAAGUUUAUUUUUCAUUUCUGUGGCGCCUCCUUUACAACAGACCGCAGUUAAACUGCCUGCAGAUUCGGGGAGGGGGGAGAGAGACCGACCGAGACCCGAGUGACUGACAGCGACGCUUCCCAAUCCCACUCUGCUGAGUUAGAGGAAAAAAAAAAAAACUUCCUGUCAACUUUCAAAACCUCCUGGCUGGAAAUGAAUCAUGCAAACAAUUAUUCCUCGCUCUAAAGCAACCCUUUGAACGACCACAUGCCGAAAACCACAGACGACACAGAGUCCGGGAGAAUGAAAAGACGUUAAAAUAUAAACCUGCACAGGCGGGUCAGGUUUGUGGACAGGAGGAGAGCGGCGUUUCUUCGUCACAGUUUUGAGUCGGAUUGUUGGAACUGGAGAUAAUAAUAAUAAUAAUAAUAAUAAUAAUAAUAAUAAUAAUAAUAAUAAUAAUAAUAACAACACACCGCGACAUGCGACUCGGGGCAUUAAAAUGGACCAGUGGCAUCUAGCUGGAGAAAAGGGGGACAGAUUAAAAGAACAAGGAUUCCCGCUGGUUUGCAGUACGACCCUGUCGACGGAGCCAAGCUUGCGAUGAAGAUGUCUGGAUGGCACACCGGAGUGGAACUGAACGGGGAGAUGUGUGAAGCCUGAAGCCCUCCGAACUGAUCUAGAACAACCCCACUGCAGACCUCCGUCCUUACUGUUCCAUCAGGAGAGAGAGAGAGAACGAGAGAACGAGAGAGAGAACGAGAGAGAACGAGAGAGACAGAGAGACAGAGAGAAACAGAGAGAGACAGAGAGAGAGAGAGUAGUAGUGAGGAUGGGUGUUCACUAAAGAGCCUCUUCCCUUUGCUAUGCAUGCCUCAGGAGGAGGGGCUGUUCCCUGGGCCCUCACCCGCAACCCCGCCAUCAACAUCAAGCAGAAGAUCUCCCAAUGGGAGGGCCGCAGCCAGCAGCAGGGUUCGAAGGUCGGGGGUGGCCACGGCGUGCUUUCCAGGACCCAAUCCGAAGGCUCCGAGAACGGUAACGGCAAGCCUGGCCUCGCGAAGGCCAAAAGCCUCGGCCUCGAUUUCAGGGAAGCCUGCCAGGCCCCUGAUGGCGUGACCAAACAACAGCAAACCGUCCAAGGAGGUGGCGGUAACAAUCUGAAAGACAACCACAAAGUGGUGAGCUCAGACUGCGGCCCUCCGAGCGGGAAGAAGCCGGGAAACGGCAGCCUGGAGGGGGACGCUUGCAGGUCUCUCCCCCCCGGGAGUUUCUACACCUCCAGGGGUUUCUGGAAGAGGAUGGAUGGCGUGCCCUGGCAGCAGGAGGAGCUGCAGGCGGAACUGAAGAGGAAACGAGAGAACUCCAGCUCCACCGAGAAGGAGGCCACGGGGAGAGCGGAGGGUCUCCCAGUCAACCCCCUGCCCAAGCCCCAGCGCACAUUCCAGUACCUGGGAGAGCACGCCCCGCCAGGCCAAUCGGGGGGCUGCAUUCUCGGGAAGGGCCAAUCCGCAGCCAGGAACGGGCCAAGCUCCUCCCCUAGCACUUACCCACCCCCCAGCCCGGAGGUGAUUGUAAACGGGAUCACACGAGGAAAACCCAACAGGAAAUCCUUUGAGUUUGAAGAUGCGGAGCGGCUCAAUUUCCUGGUGCCUGGCAGCAGAGAGUCAGCGACCGAGGGGUGCCGGUCGGGGCUCUACCACGCUCUGUCUGAGGACAACAUUUACGAGGAUAUCAUCUGUGAAUCUCGAGAGCCUGCCAAAGAGAACGCGUACGAGGACGUCAAGCUGCCUGCGCUGCACAGGCUGCGAGGAGCCACCGCUCCCUGGAGACACGCUCCCGGACAGCCCACUCCCCCACCCAAGCUGCCCCCCAAGCCAGCCAGUCUCUUGAGACAGAUCCCUCUCUCGAAGAGCUGGAGAGCCCGUGACCUGCACAAGACCAGCCGCUCGUGCACAGCGGCGCCCCCUGCAGCCCGAGCCACGCCGCGCUCACCGACUUCAGAGUGCAAGAGGAGCGUGCCGGGCCCAGAGAGCAACGGGAGGACCAGGGUGCUGCCCCGGGUACGAGAACCGGGGGAGAGAGGGCGUGCUGUGCGCAGGUUUGUGAACAAGAUUCAGGAGAUCUUUAAUGCCAAGCGGGGAAAGAAGCGAGUGAAGACCCAGGUGACCAGCGGCAGAGAUGAUGCCAGUGACACAGAGAGUGACACGGAGGAGCCCAGUGUAGACGGUGGCCGGCGCUCGGUGCACGUCCACUCCACUCUGCGGAGGAACCCUCUUUAUCAGACGCUGGAGCGGGAUCUCUACGAGCUUCAGGAGCACCAGCUCUUCCAGCUCUUCGUCGUCGUGUCGCUCCGCAAGAAACCCUCCAGCAGCGCCUACACCCCUGAGAUCACACAGCAGUUCCCCAACAAGUUUGAGAAGUGCACGCGACAGUCCCGGGAUGCAGAACAGCGGCUCAGAGCCAUUCUCAGUUUCUGCUUCCCCGACUCCCAGGACUGGAGACCUUCAGCUGAGCUCCCCAGUGAAACCUUUUCCUUCGUGCUGACGGGAGAGGACGGAGGCCGCUGGUUUGGGUACUGCCGCAGACUCUUGCCCCAUGGGAAGGGUAAGCGCAUCCCGGAGGUGCACUGCAUUGUCAGUCGGCUGGGCUGCUUUAACCUCUUUGCCAAGAUUCUGGAGGAGGUGGAGCGGCGCAGGGAUAUCUCUCCGGCUCUCGUCUACCCGUUCAUGCGCAGUGUGAUGGAGGCUCCGUUCCCCGCACCCGGACGCACCAUCACCGUCAAGAACUUCCUGCCUGGCUCCGGUAACGAGGUUCUGGAGCUGUGCCGGCCUGUGGACUCCCGUCUGGAGCACGUUGACUUCGAGUGUCUCCUCCAGUGUCUGGGAGGGAGCCAGCUGCUGCAGGUGUUCGCCUCGCUGCUCCUGGAGAGGAGAGUCAUCUUCGUGGCUGACAAGCUCAGCACCCUGUCGCGCUGUGCACACGCUGCCAUCGCUCUGCUCUACCCCUUCACCUGGCAGCACACCUACAUCCCUGUGCUCCCGGCCUGCAUGAUUGACAUCACCUGCUCCCCCACCCCCUUCCUGAUUGGAGUGCUGUCCUGUGUGCUGCCCGAGCUGAGGGAGCUGCCCAUCGAGGAGGUGCUGAUUGUGGAUCUGUGUGCAAACCGCUUCAUAAGACAGAUCUCGGAUGAGGACUGUAUCCUCCCCAGCAAGCUCCAGGCAGCUCUCCUGCAGGUCCUGGAGGAGCGAGGAGACAUCCUGGCGCUGGAGGCAGCAGGAAUGAGAGGAGGUCCUCCCCCCUGCCUCAGCACUCUCCUCUCGGAGGCGUUUGUGCAUUUCUUCGUGGAGCUGGUGGGUCAUUACUCCCUGCACAUGGGGGUAGGGGAGGGGGGGCAGAGGGCUCUCCGGCGGGAUGCUUUCCGAAAGUCCCACCCUUCCCGCGGCACGCGGCAGUUCCUGCAGCUCUUCAUGGAGACGCAGACGUUCUCCGGUUUCAUCCAGGACCGAGAGCUCCGCAAGAGCGGGGUCAAAGGCCUCUUCGAGCUUCGAGCGGCUCAGUAUUUGGAGACGAUGCCAGAGUCGGAGCCCAGCGGCAUGAACAAGUUUCUGAAGGGACUAGGAAGUAAAAUGAAAUUUCUUCAAAAGAAGUAAAGUGGCAAGCUCCGCCUUAAACUCACCAUUAAAGGACCAGCAAGCUCAGACGGGAGCCUAUUGGCUGCCCGAGGGAGUGGGAGCGGCCGAAAGAGGGUUCCCUGUCCCUGAUUGGCUGGCUGGCAGAGGCACACUCCCAGCACCUUUUCAGCUGUUGACAAAGAGUCUUAAUAAAGGCACUGCAGCUCCUGGGAUCCACUGGAACAGAGUUUCAAAAUGAAGAGACUGGUUUAUUAAUUCAGAGCAAUGCUAACAGGAUCCAGGAAGGCAGAGGUCCACUGAGCACAAAUACCCGGGUUAGAAAGGAGUAUUUCACAGGCUUUAACUUCAUUCAUGUGUCAGCUUCCCUGCAGUGUGGUCCCCGGGCAGGCCAGUGCGAUGGUGAACUCUCCCCGCAUGCUGUGGCACUGGGCAGCGCAGGGCUCGUCUCACAGGGUCGCUCAGUCACAGUGAGCUGAGGAGGAUUACUAGAUUUUCAUAGUGGGGAUCAGGACCUAACUGGAGCACAGUCAUGUAAGAUAGCAGAUAUCUCCAGGAUUCACCGUUCUCUCUCUCUAUUGAAGAUGCCUCCAGUGUGUCCCUGUGUAGCUGUCUCACACGCACACACACACACACACACACUGACACACACACUGACACACACACACACACACUGACGCACACACUGUGACACACACACUGAAGCACACACUGACACACACACACACACUGACACACAAUGACACACACAAACCACUUUAAACCACCACGGACAUGAAAAAACGUCUUUGAAGGAGAACGGCCGUCCUCGUGCUUUCUGAGGCUAGCUGUGUCCGCAGUGACACUCGGAGAAAGAAAGCAAAGGAGUUCCUUCCGUGAACUUUCACCUUUUCAGCUCCCAAUCUAUUUAUUUAUCUUUUUAACAGGCUACCAAUUGAGUGUGUAUAACUACAGAUCAUGUAGGUGGAAUGUAUGCAUGGUAUGUUUUUUAAAGGUAUAAUUUUAAUGAUCAAAGUCCCAUCGUAUCAGACAGGUUUGAUCCCUUCAGAGGGGGCAGAAGAUCACGUAUACAGCGUCCUUCCCUGUGUACCUGCUGUGUUAGUGCUGCCUGGCACAGCCCCGAGUACUGGUGUAACUGGGAUUGAAACCAGACACUGGUGUCAUGAGCCCCCCCCCCCGGGAUACCUCCGCCCCCCCCCCCCCCGGGUCUGCUCGGGGGUCUGUGCCAGUGAUCGUGUCGUGGGGUCAUGUGAAAGUGUUAUGUAUUUAACAGGGGUGUUCUUUGAACGAUCCUAAAGAAUAAACUCUUUUGUAUAAAUCUCACUAAGGAGUGUUUUUUUAAUUUUUUUUUAAUUUUCAGCUGCCCCGCACCCCAUCCCUUUCUCACUGCAUUCUGAUUGACUUUUCAAUAAUCCAUUGCAAGCUGAAGAGCCCUCAUUUUAAACCCAUGUGCCUUUCAAAAUUUAGAGCUUUCCCUCCAAAGAUCUGAUUGCAGCUUUUAAAAGAGAUGUCAAGCUCUUUAUUUAUUUAUUUAUUUAUUUAUUUCUGUAAUAAUAAUGCUAGGUGUUACAAAAUAAACAGUGUUUGAUGUUACUUUUUAUAAAA